AUGGAUGGACUACGUACCUUGUUUAUAGAGGCAAAAUGGAUCACCCAAGAUGAUCCCAAAAAUCGGUUGAUCUUCUCUUCUUUUAUAGAGAGCCUCUUUCAAUAUCUUGCUGCUUACGAGGAUAUGAAAUUCGAAAGGGAAAAGAAGUACUUGCUUUUGAGCAUAGACAAAGUUGCCAUUCAUUUAUCAAGCGCCCAAAUGCAAAGCGCAAAAGAACUGAUUGCAGUCUCGAAAAAGCUAGCGGCAAGCGAUUUCUUACUUGUCCCCACAGAUUUAGGCGAUGCUGUAUCGAUGGACCUCACGGCGUUGGAUAAAUCGGUAUAUAAUAGCGUGAAGGAGAUCAUUAUCAAGCACAUUUUGAGUAUUAUACGAGGGAAACGCUAUUACAAGAGGAGCAUCUUCAGGUUCAAGAAUGGCAACAAGAAAACAACUCAGAAAGAGCGACACAAUAUCAAUGCAACAACUCAACCACUGUUUUCUGUAAUCAGUUUGCACCAAAUCAUUGAAGAAAUUAUCGAUACGCUUUACCAUGCAUUUAUUGCAGACAGGAGCGAACCUUUACAUACAGCAUUGUAUGGCUUGGAAGGAUCCAAAGAAAUUCUCAGAGGAUUGACAUUUGGGACUUUCAUGGAUGGUUUACUGACUGAUGCGAGCGUCAAGGAGUUUAUCGAUCAACUGGUUUGUGAAGUAAAAGGCAUACAUAACAAAUACAGCAACGUUCAAAGCUCUCCUGACGGAAUCCAAGAUGUUAUUUUGCAUUGUCACUCUAAAGCCAAUGGCUUUUACAGGGAGGUAUUUCGGGUUGCUCUGCUCGGUGCAAACUUUGUGGAUGCUCAAGCUGAUUUUAUCAGUAACACUGAAGAGAGUCGAGAUAUCAGCUUUGGUGCCAUGCAAAAACCAAUCAAAAUGAUCCAGAUUGCCAAUGCACUGUUGCCGCCCACUGUUUGGAACGGAGAAAGCUACGAACAAGUUGAAUUGGUGAGCUACAGCAGCGGCGAAGACGACUUGCUGCCACCAAACUCGUUUUAUGCCCAAGCCUCUAUCAAUAACAAUCAUAUUCGUUUCAUUCUGAAUAAGGUUAUUGCCGUUUCUUCUGCCAAUGACACUAUACAAAAGUCGACCUUUACCGUAAAAGAGAUGUCUGUGAAGCUAGAAGGCAUCUUUGGCUCAGUCUGCGACAAUAUGUGGAACCAUCUAAUGAUGCCUGAAUGCCAGGGAGAGAUUACUCGACAUGCUCGCUGCGACACACAUUCGGCAGGGGAGUAUUCUGCAGCAAACUAUCGUUUCUUCAAGUGUUCGAUACAGAAGAUGACUGAUGAGCUGCUACAGAAAAGACAGGCUAAAUAUACUAGAGAAUUCGACGUCUAUCACGCCAUCCCUACUAGCAAGGAAUGUGCUUGUUCUUUCCAGAUAUCCUUCCGCGCUCUAAUGAACAUAGGGCUACAACCAGCCAUUAGCCACAUUGCCACCAUCAUUGCAUCAUCGCUCGCAUCAAACAGCUUUUUUGGCCUUUACACUCUGUCUGCGUUGAUCAUCAUGGAUGAAUCUAGAGAAAUGAUUAUCCAAGAUCACAAUGAUACCUUUAAAAAGACAAUGCAGAGCUGUUUGAAAGCACAUAACAGAAGAGCCGCUGUGUUCUAUGGCAAAGAAGCAGUGUUGGCUUGUGGAUCACUGGGGAACUGGUGUACUGGUUUGCAACAAAUCUUUGGGAAGGGGUCUUAUUCACAAGUAUCGAGUUCAGGCUAUCUACUAAGGUUUUCCAGCUUACGAGUGGAUGGCGCCGACGGGGGACUUAGAGUGUAUAAUUAUCACUCCAAUUCACUCAAGCAAGGUGACUUUGAGGAGAGACCAAACGAGUUUGUUAUCCUGGAAAAGGGCCAUACUUUAGAUCCGAAUGGUUCCGUUUACGCUUUCUAUCAGAGAGACUGUAAUGUACAAACUUUGCAAUUGAGCAUUUAUAGCCUGAAUAGACACAAUGACAAAGUAUGCUAUCACUGCAUAAGGGGCCGUGGCUAUGUGUCUAUCAGCGUGCUUCUCCCUUUUACCAUCAGAGUUACUCCUCAACAUUAUUCAUCGUCGAUAGAAUUUGAACUAUCGUAUGUCAUGGAUGAUGGCGUUGUCUACCUUGACUCUGAAUCAUUCAGCCUCCAUGAAAAAUUAGUUUUAAGAUAG